AUGCCACGGCAUCGGACGCUAACGUGUUGUUGUUGUUUGUGUCUGCAGAUCGUCCAGAAGCAGCUGAAGAGGACAAAGAAGGACAACAAAAAGAAGGAGAAGCUGCAAUUCCUCCUGAAGAGGAUGGAGAACCAGGAGCGAGCGAGGCUGAGCCGCGAGCGGCAGAGAGAGAGAGAGCUGCAGUUCAAGAGGCUGCAGAGAGAGCGAGCCAAUCAGGGCGCGCGGCCAUUCUUCCUCAAGAACUCUGAGAAGAAGAAGCUGCAGCUGGCUGAGAAGUACCAGGACCUGAAGAAGAGCGGGAAGCUGGAGAACUUCCUGAGCAAGAAGAGGAAGAGGAACGCUGGCAAGGACCGCAGGAAGCUGCCCCGACAGACGCACAACGACAACGCUCAGUAACACAACGACAACGCUCAGUAACACAACGACAACGCUCAGUAACAAGACGACAACGCUCAGUAACACGACGACAACGCUCAGUAACACGACGACAACGACAACGCUCAGUAACACAACGACAACGCUCAGUAACACGACGACAACGCUCAGUAACACAACGACAACGCUCAGUAACACAACGACAACGUUCAGUAACACGACGACAACGCUCAGUAACACGACGACAACGCUCAGUAACACAACGCUCAGUAACACAACGACAACGCUCAGUAACACAACGACAACGCUCAGUAACAUGACAACAACGCUCAGUAA